ACACGGACAGAGAGAGAACAGAGAGAGAGAGAGAGAGGAGCGAGGGGUUUAGCUUUAAACAUUAGCGUUAGGGUUUUGAAUCUGAGAGGUUUUACAGAGAGAGAGAGAGAGAGAGAUGGCAGAUCAUGAGGAGUCGGCGAUGGAAAAGAUAACUGAGAAGCUUCGCGGAGACGAUUCGUCGUCGUCGUCGUCGUCAGAUUCCGACGACGUGAAUACAUCGCCGGCGUCGUCUUUGAAGUCAAAGGUUUUCAGGCUCUUCGGGAGAGAGAAGCCCGUUCACAAGGUCCUUGGCGGUGGAAAACCUGCUGAUGUUUUUCUGUGGAGAAACAAGAAGAUAUCUGCUGGAGUCCUAGGUGGAGCCACUGCAAUCUGGUGUCUAUUUGAAUUGGUUGAGUACCAUCUGCUCACAUUGGUUUGUCAUGGCUUUAUAUUGGCUCUGGCUGUGUUAUUCUUGUGGUCUAACGCUAGCACCUUCAUGAAGAAGUCUCCUCCCCAGAUUCCAGAAGUUCACAUUCCAAAAGAGCCAGUUGUGCAGCUUGCCACUGCCCUUACAAUUGAAAUCAAUAGGGCAUUUGGAGUUCUUAGGGAGAUUGCUUUAGGAAGAGAUCUCAAACAAUUUAUCUGUGUGAUUGCUGGCUUGUGGAUCUUGUCAUUUUUGGGGAGCUGUUGCAGCUUCUUGACUUUGUUUUACAUAGCAUUUGUUUUGCUCCACACGGUGCCGGUGCUGUAUGAGAAAUAUGAGGAUCAGGUAGAUGCUUUUGCUGAGAAGGCAAUGAUUGAGAUUAAGAGACAGUAUGUAGUCUUUGAUGCGAAGGUUUUAUGUAAGAUCCCGAAAGGACCAUUGAAAGCCAAGAAGGUGUGAGAGCUUAGGGUGGCUGUGCUUGGUAACUCUGUUUAGGGUUUUGGGUUCACAAUGUGGAUAAUUACUGAUAGUUUUCUAUAAAGUUGAAUUUGCUAAGUUCGUGCGCAGCAUUUGGGGGUUUCUGUUUUAGGCCCUGAAGUUAUUAUAUAGUAUUUCAUGUGGAUUCGUGCCUUGCCCGUUGGGUUUUAUAAAAUAUUUUGAUUCCAUUGA